UAUAAAACAAGAUCCAUAUAUAUUCCAUAGAGAGAGAGAGAGCAAGAUAGAUGGCGAAAGUGCAGUUGAUAGGGGCAUGGUUCAGUCCAUUUGUGAAGAGAGUUGAAAUUAGCCUCAAAAUUAAAGGUGUUGAGUAUGAAUAUAUUGAAGUAGAUUUGAUAAACAAACCGCCUCUUGUUCUACACCACAAUCCAAUUCAUCAAAAAGUGCCUAUACUUAUACACGACGGCAAAACCAUCCUUGAAUCUGCUGUGAUUCUUGAGUACAUAGAUGACGUUUGGAAAGGUCCAAACAUUCUUCCCAAAGAUCCUUGCCAAAGAGCUCGAGCUCGAUUUUGGGCCAACUUCAUCGAUCAAAAGUGUGUUCCGGCAACGAGGAAAGCUUUAUGGUGUCGAGGAGAAGAGCAAGCGAAGGCCAUCAAAGAAGCAAGGGAAGCUCUUAAAAUUCUUGAAUGCGAAGUUAUGGACAAGAAAUAUUUCGGAGGCGACCAAAUUGACUAUGUCGAUAUAAUUGGCUCUUUCUUAGCGUAUUGGAUGCGACUUUUUGAUGAAGUGGCUGGACUCCAUCUCUUCACAUAUGAAGAAUUGCCCAGUUUGUGCAAAUGGGCAGAUGAAUUAUGUGAUAACAAACAUGUUAAACAACAUCUCCCUGAUAAGGAUAGAUUUGUCGAUAGAGUUCGUGGCCACACAAAGACUACUAGAUCUGUGUAGUGGAUACAUUAUUACUCGAUUUGCAAUUUCAUCAAUAUAUAGCCACCUUAGUCCAAAUCACCAUAUAGGUAGAAAUAAUUUGGCUUCAACGCCUAUUUUUUAGCAAUUCAAAACUUCAUGUGUAUGAUUUAUGGUGUUUCCAUGGCUUAUUUUUAUACUACUUUUUAUAUUUUUUAAACGCAUUAUAGAGAUUUAUUUUAUA